GGAGUGUUGCGAAGCGCUCGCUAGACGACGACGUAGACAGUCGAUUUUCGAUAGCAUUUACUUACUUUCUCACCAGUUUAUCAUUGCGACGAAGAUAUUCGCGUUGACAAUCUUUGACUAGCACGAUAGUGUAGAACAGUGGAAUUUUUGAGAUCAUUCCCUUUGGGCAACUGCAUGAUCGAACGUUUACGCUUGCAGAGUUAUUAAUUUUGAUAUUUUCCAAUUUUGUUUGCAAUUUGCUAUUCUCAUCGAUUAAUUGAGAUGUCGCAACCAACGAACCCAUCUAAUCCUAUGAAACCGGAAGAUGCGGCCCGCAUCCAGUCCACGCAGACGUUGGAGGGCAAGGAUGCCGCAGCCGGCAGUUUUCCGGCCCGUGCACAAGCCGCGGCGGCCAAAAAUGUUAACACGGGCACGGUGCCGGAUACCUUUGGGCAGGCGACCAAUAAUGCCGCUGGUGACGGGUCGUCGACGAACGGAACCCAGCCGAAUGCGCAGUGGACAGCGGGCAAUCCCUGUCCUAGCGGACAGCGCAGUGCCAAUACAGGGAAUUCCGGUUAUUGGUUUCAAGCAGACGGAGUCGUUUAUGAUGACAUGCUGCCUCACCCGAUGACUCCGCAGGCAGCGGCUCAUAUCCAGAGCGAAGCAGCGCGGCGUGGAGAGGAUACCUCGCACGGGUCGUUUGCCAGCCGGGCGAUGGCGGCCGCUGCUCAUAACGUGGCAAUGGGAAUUGUUCCAGCCUGCAAUCCCACCUCGAAGCCGCAACAGGGCAAUCCCCACGGACCAAAUCCCGGACCCAAUCCAACACAGAGCGGGCAGAAUCCGCAACAGGCUGAUCCUGCGCAGUCUCAACAAGGUCAACAACCAACGCAGGGGAAUCAUCCGCAAGGUCAAGGUCAACCCACCAUCCAGGGAUCGAGCUCGCAAGGAGGGUCUAGCCGGCGAAACCAGAGCGGAUUUUGGCAUCAACAAGGCGAAACUGUGUACCGCGACAUGCUCCCCAAUCCGAUGACGCCUCAUGCAGCAGCUAUCAUCCAGUCUGAGUCGGCCCGUCGGGGAGAAGAUAUUGGUCAUGGAUCUUUCGCCGCUCGUGCCCAGGAAGGUGCUGCACAUAACGUCCAGAUGGGCGUUUUCACUUCCGCUCAAUCCGGACAAGGCACAUACUGGGAUGUGCAAAAUGGCAUUAUUUACGAUGAUAUGUCGCCGAAUCCAAUGACGCCGGAAGCUGCUGCGCAUAUCAUGAGUGAAGCGUCAAAACGAGGGGAAGAUACAAGCCACGGGAGCUUUUCGGCACGCGCUCACGCCGCGGCGGUGCAUAACGUGCAGUCCGGCCUGGUGCAGCACCGAGCGGCUGUGAACAACCGCAGUGCUGGGGGCGCGUGGCGUUAUGGUGCAACAUGGGAUCGUGACCAGGGCGGCACCACAUACCGUGACAUGCUACCUAAUCCGAUGACACCAGAGGCGGCGGCUCACAUACAGUCCGAAUCUACCCGACGUGGAGAAGAAAUCGGUCCUGGUAGCUUUGCCGCACGCGCUCAGGCGGCCGCUGCCCAUAAUGUGGCGAUGGGCAUCGUAAAGCCGAUGAGCCGUGGAACGGGUGGUCAACAACAGCACCCGCAAGGCGGUCAGGGUCAGUCCGUUGGUGGCAUCCAGCGACAGGCCGCGGGCGGCAUGAGUAGUAAUCCCUCCUCGGGAGGCAGUCAGUCGGCCCCGGCGCCAACCGGCCAACAAGGACCAACUCCCAGCGGAGCCGGAGCCAGCGGAGAUCAGAGUCAGGAUCCAAAGCUGGGAGCAGGAGCCACGGUGCAGUUGCCGGGUUCAGGGAUGGAAAUGUAAUACGGUGAAUGCAUACGGAUGAUCAAAAUUUUUCCUUCAGCGUCUAUCUUUCCUACAUUUCUGUGUUCUUUUUUUAUUAACUCGUUUAAUUUCUAAAAAAAUCUUGGCGUCGCCAUACCAUAACGUUUUUCCAAUGAUAAAUCUCUUGACGAAAACGUCAGCACUGUUCCUGUGUGGGUUAUUUAUAAAAUCGAUUUUUACAAACUUAUGGUUUGGACACAUCCAAAGUGAUCGUCUGUAAGUCGUAGAGUGACGGUUAGAACGGUAGAAGCUAACGAUCGAUGGUCAGCUGUAUCCGAUUGCCCAUGUGCACUGCUCCAUGCUA